AGCGAUGCUCGGCGGGCAGAGCGGCGGGAUGCGGCGGUGCCGGGGAGCCGCGCUGGCUGCGCUGGCCGCGGUGCUGCUCGUAGCUUCAGGCAAAGCCCAGGUACAGCAGGAGCCGUCACUGGAGACCACCGAGGGCACCAAUGUCACCAUCAAGUGCUCACACCCCAAUAUCCGGAUGGGCGAUUUCAUCCAUUUCUACCGUCAGCUCCCGGGACAAGGACCCGAAUUCCUCGCACUCAUCGCUAGAGGAUCCAAGGUUCUGCCGGACAUCUCAGGAGAGCUCUGGGUGUCCGAGGACGGGCGCUCGAGCGCGCUGUGGCUCGGUUGGCCCCGGCGCGGGGACGCGGCCGUGUAUUACUGCGCGCUGGGCGCACGGGCAGAGGGGCCGGGGCUGCGGCCGGGCACGAACCGCCGCGGGGGUCGGGGCGCGGCGCUGGCUGCGCUGGCCGCGGUGCUGCUCGUGGCUUCAGGCCGAUCCCAGGUACAGCAGGAGCCGUCCCUGGAGACCACCGAGGACAGCGGCAUCAACAUCACCUGCUCGCACCCCAAAAAGCAGAUCGAGGAUUUCAUCCAUUUCUACCGUCAGCUCCCGGGAGGAGGACCCGAAUUCCUCGCACUCAUCGCUAGAGGAUCCAAGGUUCUGCCGGACAUCUCAGGAGAGCUCUGGGUGUCCGAGGACGGGCGCUCGAGCGCGCUGUGGCUCGGUUGGCCCCGGCGCGGGGACGCGGCCGUGUAUUACUGCGCGCUGGGCGCACGGGCAGAGGGGCCGGGGCUGCGGCCGGGCACGAACCGCCGCGGGCGGGGCCGGGCG